AUAGGGCGUGGGUGUAUGUAUAUGAUCACAGAGGAGGAGAGGAGAGAGAGAAGAGGAGAAGAGAGAAAGAUGGGGAGCGAGAAAAGUUGUGAUGGAAAAACCAGUCCUUUGCUGGCAGGUGAAGGUGGAGAAGAAGCUGAAGAGAGAAUGAGAGGUUGGUGGAGUAAAAUGGUGGAUGCCGAAGAGAUCAAAACCCAAAUAAUGUUUUCAGCGCCAAUGAUUCUCACCAAUGUCUUCUAUUACUGCAUCACUUUGGUUUCUGUCAUGUACGCCGGCCACCUCGGCGAGCUCCAACUCGCCGGCUCCACUCUUGCCAAUUCCUGGGCUUCUGUCUCUGGCUUUGCCUUCAUGACAGGAUUAAGUGGUGCACUAGAGACCCUCUGCGGACAAGGAUUUGGAGCAAAAAUGUACAAGGUGUUGGGAAUUCAUUUACAAGCAUCCUGCAUCAUAUCAUUCUUCUUCUCACUUGUCAUAUCCAUCAUAUGGUUCUACACAGAGCCUUUACUACUCUAUCUUCAACAAGAUCCUGAUAUAUCGAAAUCAGCUGCCCUCUAUAUGAAAUACCUUAUUCCGGGUUUGUUCGCAUAUGCGUUCCAGCAAAACAUACUGAGGUUUCUUCAAGCACAAUCAGUUGUUAUGCCAUUGAUUUGGCUCUCCUUGCUCCCAUUGUUGAUACAUUUUGGUAUAGUACAUGCUUUGGUCCAUCCUGCAGGGUUUGAUUUCAAGGGAGCUUCAUUGGCAGCUUCGAUUUCGUUAUGGAUAUCAACCUUGUUGCUGGUCUUGUAUGUGUUUUGUGCCAAGAGAUUUCGCCAUACAUGGCAAGGAUUUUCACUCGACUCACUCUGGUAUAUCCACACAAACUUGAAACUAGCACUACCUUCUGCUGCAAUGGUAUGUUUGGAGGAUUGGGCAUUUGAGAUUUUGGUCUUCUUAUCUGGGCUGAUGCCAAAUUCAGAAAUUACCACUUCACUGACUGCGAUGUGUGUGAAUACACAAGCGAUUGCAUACAUGCUCACCUACGGAUUAAGUGCUGCUGCAAGCACAAGGGUGUCGAAUGAGUUAGGAGCCGGAAAUCUGGGGAGAGCGAAAAAUGCGAUGAAAGUGACUCUCAAGCUUUCUAUUCUUCUUGCUAUUGUUGAAACACUUUUCUUAGCCUUUGGUCAUACUACUUGGGCUGGAUUCUUCAGUGACAGCCCUUCAAUUAUAAAGGAAUUUUCUUCAAUGACACCCUUACUUGCCAUCUCCUUGGCAAUUGAUUCUAUCCAAGGUGCCAUAUCAGGGGUGGCAAGAGGAUGCGGUUGGCAAGAGAUAGGAGUGUAUAUCAACUUGGCAAUGUUCUAUUUUGUUGGAAUGCCUGUUGCAUGCCUUCUUGUGUUUAAAUUCAACCUUGGUGUUAAGGGGUUGUGGAUUGGUUUGAUAUGUGGACUGUUGUGUCAAGGCAGCACUCUCUUGUUGAUUACAUUUUGCAGAAACUUGUCUAAAGUGAGUCUCACAGUGAACAGAGAGAAAGAACCUGAUUCUCUCAUCUGCUAAGAAAUUACCCAACUUCUUAUACAUAUACAUGUGUGUGUGUGUGUUGGUGUUUAUUUUCUGUAAUAAAAUUUUAAUGGCUAAAAAUGUAUAGGCACUAUACUUACAGAGGUGUAGUUGUAAAAUAACUUAAACUGAACUAACUAGUGAGAAUGACUAGUAUUUGUAAGGCACCACUGAUGCCGUUAAAUUUGGUAUUACAUGCCAUAUUUAACUACACGUGAUAUCUUCUUAUCGACUCCUGAAAGUAGAUGCAACUCAUAUGUUAUGUAAUAUUCAAUGUAACACUAAAACUUUGGUGUAUACUGAUAAAAAUAACUUGCAAUA